CCGUUCGGUCACUUCUUCUGUGAACGUUUUCGAAGCAGCAGCUUCGACACUGCACCCGGAACAAUCUGCUUCGGACGCGCAGUAGGUGCCUGCAUACGUGGUCUUUCAAUUUUUGCACUGAGCGCAAGUCGGAGCCAUGCCUCCUGUCUCGAAGAAGGACCAGGGCGCCACUCUUGCCGGAUUCGCCAAAACCCUCGUUAAAGCGGAUGCCCGUGUUUUCGUCAGCGUGGAUAAUGUCCUCGCCAUCUUCAAUGCCGCCGACGAGGAAUUCUGCAACGACGGCACCACCUGUCUCAGCGCCACCUGCACAUUCAGUGACAAGUCUUCGUGCUGGGCCGUCAAUCGUCAGCGAGAGUGGAAUGCCAUGUUCAACAACCGCGGCAUCGAGGUGAUCCAGCUGCAGAAGGGGACACUUCACUUUCGAACAUUAAACAUCGACCCUGAAGACUUGGAGGCGAAUGCAGACGUCAAGUUUCUUUGCCUGUCUCUGUGGCUCCUGCGACAACAUCGCUGCAUCUCUGGAGUCGUCCUGUCUAUUCCCGUCCUGGCACCUAGGCACGAGUCACUGUUCAUGUCUCUCCUAAAGCUUACGGAAUUCUUACAAAAGUGCGAGAUACACGGCAAUGAUCCAUUCAAAGGACGUGCCCUCGCAAAGGCGGAGCCAAGAGCGAGUGCUCUAGACCACCUGUCUCGACUGAGAGAACUGGGACUCGCUACGGUUCACCUGAUCGACGAUGACGUUGCUAUCCUGGCCCGUCUCGUGGAACGAAACGCAUUGCUCGUUGCCCUCAUCCUCAUCGACGUAGAGAUGAGCGCGCUCGCGUUCGCCGAGCUCGUCGCCAGGGUGGUCGAGCACAAGAAACUGGAGGACUUCCGUGUGAAGAUAAGCGCCAAAGAACCCGAGUCCGUGUUCAACGAAGCCCUGAGUCUAAUCGGCCAGUCGCGCACUAUCUCGAGGCUGUACGUGCACGUCGACCACGGCUUGUUGAGCCUGCUGCAGGGACUCCUCGAUAACUCUUCGAUUAGAGAACUAACGCUGGAGCCGAUGAUCAACGACGCGAAAAUACUGUGUGCGCUAGCCGACUUCCUGGAAAAGCAGGCAUCUUGCAAGCGCUUGAAGGCUUGCCUCAACGCCAGACAAUUUGGGCACGUUGCCGGCGCUCUCAACGACAUGCAAAGAAUCGUCGGCAACAGUUCGCUGCGCGUUCUCGUGCUUUCGGGAUCGGCGCUUGCGCCUCUGCCGGCGAAUCGGCUUGCCGACGGGCUCGCAAUGAGCAAGACGUUGAGACAGCUCCAUCUGGAUGACUGCGAGCUCGCGUGCUUAGACGUCCUGCCCUUUGUGAUGGCUGUCAGAAGAUGCGCGGAAUUCGGCCAAUUCGAAGAACUCAACGUGGGAGCUCCGGUUGGCAAGGAUCUUGAGCUGUGCGAGCUGUUCAGGAAAAUAGUUGAUGUCGGCGUCUGUGACAAGAUCACGCUAGUCUACAACGACUGCCUUGUGGAGCCCUUGCGGGAUGCUCUGCAAACGAACAUAAAGUUUGUCAACGUUUCCCUCUCCUACGGCGAAGAUACAGAAGUUGAGCCUGUUCUCCAUGCCAUGAGGAGCACGGUGAAGACCUUGAAGACACUCUGCAUCAACUCUCCUCGAGUACUGAGCAGCCUGGGCGGUCAGUUCCUGGCGAACCUUAUUCGGAAAGCAGACUCACUCACGGUUGUCAGACUGCGCUGCCGCACCAAGGCGAACGCGUCCAUCCAGAUCCUCAAGGCCCUAGCUGAGUCCAGGAGCGUGAUUCUCCUAACUACCGAGCGCUGGGACUUCAGCGAAAACGUCCAGCGCACCUUUGCCGACAUGCUUCGCCAAAAUCGCAGCCUGAAUCGCCUCGAAUUCUACUGGAGCAACGUCGGUGAUUACGAGCCUUUCAAGAAGUACCUGAUCAAUGGUCUCGAGUUCAACCAGUCCGUGUCGGUUGUGAAGAUGUACCAUGGCCAGGAGCGCGAUGAGUUGGCCGUACAUGACUUCGAACUUUUGCAGUGCAUCCACAGGAACGCGAUGCUACUCGCCUGGGUCACGGACGUCAUCCUGAGGGACGGAAUGUGUCCCGAGGGUGCCGCUGUUGUUGACUUGCUCAACACUUGCGAGGCACCUCUGGACCUGUUUCAGCGGACCGGCGAUUUCUCACCGCGUACGGCUAACAAACGCAUCCGCUUGGCUCGCAUGGCGACGAGGACGCAGUUCUACGCCCUGAUUUCUGAGUUCAGUGGCCGGCGCGACUUUACUUUGAGCGCUAUUGGACGAGCGCAUUUUCAGAACCUUGUUCUCUCUAUGCGUGACGACGUGUUCAGCACCAUGGGAGUCGAAACGUCCGCUAGUUCGGGUGCCAGCGGCUCUGACGUUUAGUGAGUUGGUUCCUGCGAUUUUUUUCACCGGUAGUCAGUGGCUGAGCUCUAGCAAACUGAUAAUUCGCAGACAUUUGCAAGAAUUUGCAUGUUUGCCGGUUCCUCUUCGAGACCUUUUUAUUACUUCUUUUUAUACUGCACUGUAUCACCUGGACGUUUUUCUAUAAGCAUAUAUCUAUUAAGCCGACGCAUUUACAGCCUAUAAUUAGCUGCAAAAGACAUUGCGAAGGCUGCCUUUUCGCCUUUACAGUGAUGUACAACAUGUCUAUUGCAGAUAACCCGAUUGUUUUCAUUGAAUAAAUUUUUUUGUAUGUUUUCUGAUGCAUCA